AUGCCGAAAAGAAAAAUAUCCGAAUCUGGAGACGAGGAUUUUAUUAAAAACGAAGCUUCAGACUCCUCUGUUUCUGCAGAAGAGUCUGACAGCGAAAAAAGUGCCAAAACUAAGCCCACGAAGCAGUCAGGCAAAAGUUCAUCCAAUAAAAGGGCUAAGGAGGAAGUCAAGGAGGAGGUCGCCGAGGGCUCUGCCACAAAUUCGGAAUCAAGUACAUUGGCAACGGUGAAGAUCCACACCACCUCUGAAGGAGACAAGUACAUCGACCUGGGCAAGAAGAAGCGCGCAACCGUUAGAUCAUUCAAAGGAGUCCCCUUGAUUGACAUACGCGAAUUUUAUGGAGCAGAUGGAGACGAAAAACCUGGCAAGAAGGGUAUUUCUCUGACGAUUGAACAGUGGCAGUCAUUAAGGGAUGGAAUGAGCACAAUUGAUAAACUGCUUGAUGAGGUCAAGAAAAAGUAA